AGGACAUCGUCACAAGUCACAGCAUCUAGAUAUCAUUAACCUUUCUCCAUGGCUCGAACCCUUCCCCAACAUGGAGAAUAUCCCCUCUCAGUUCAGGUUUCGUCCUGAGAGCAACGAGCAGAUACUGGGUAGGCUAAGACGGAUUCACCCUAGUCGGUUCACGCCCUGGAACAAUCCGCGAUCCUUUGUCGCACAUAACUGGCCUUCACCAGUCAGGGUUCUGGUCCGAUGACGACCAUAUGCCGAGUCACCGAAUCGUAACGAGGGAAUUAACAUUGUCUCCAGUACCGCCCUCGAGACUUUUAUUAACGGUCUGUUAGCCACGGCAGGUCACUGCCCUCCCUCUCUUUGAGUCCCUCCGUUACAUCUGACGAAGCCUCUUAGAGAAUCCUACCUUGCUGCGAAAUGUCCUACCUGCUAGAGAGAAUGACCGCCCGAAGCCAGAGUUCCCAAUUCCCUCUAUCAGAGGACCGCAAGACUCUCUCUAGCCUCGACUCUUUCCAUAGCGAGGAAGAUUCGUCGUCGGGCCGCGAGACUCUCUCCAGCCUCGGCCCUGACUCUAGCUAUGAUCCGUCAUCGGACGGUGACUCUCUCGAUGGCGAUGAAGAUUCGUCGUCGGACUGCGAGACUCUCUCCAGCCUCAGCCCUGACUCUAGCUAUGAAGAUUCGUCAUCGGACGGUGACUCUCUCUAUGGCGAUGAAGAUUCCACGGCGAAACCCACCGUCUCUCCACGGCCCAGCCCCUCCGCCGUAUCGGCUUCCUACCUGCUUUUUGCACCAUGUUCGACGAUAGUCUGUGUGCACCGUGAUACGCUGUCGGUCAAAAGACACCUCAACGAGCAUCACAACAACAUUGAACUCAUAUUGACCGACGGCUCCGUUUCCGAGCGGGCGUUCAGCUGUGAUGUGGGGCGGAUCGGCAUCUUGUGGAACUUGCUUACCGGCAAGGCUAUUCUGCAGUACGAAUUCUCGGUGUCUGUGCAGGUCGGCCAUUGGAUGAUGAACGACGGCAUCAUAUUCGGGAAUAGAAGUGGUGAUAUCAUUCUCUUCGAACCAUCCACGAGGAAAUCCAAAAUCAUCAAUACCAGAAAAGGUUCUAUCACGGCAAUAGCGGCCUCGCCUGAUAGCCGAAAGUGCGCCGUUGCGUACAAGACAGGUUCUAUCGUGCUGGCCGAGUUGCGAGGAUCCUCCAUCUACCUUCAUGUCGUGGAAACGUCUAGUCCCCCCGUCUCCCUAGCGUGGCAUCCUACGUCUCGGAAAAACAAAAAGGACAGACUUGCAUUUCAGCUGGCCGGUGGCAAACUCAGCAUUCUCAGCAUCCCGCGCGUGUCAAAGUCAGCAACAACCCAAGCGGCUUGGUCCACCCGCCAGGUCUCCGGGUCGAUCACGGAAGGCCCAGGUCAGAUAUUGAUAGCAUGGUCCAAGAAGGGUAAAAUAUCACAAUUCUGCGAAGAUCGAGUGAUGGUUUGGGACGUUCGCAAGCGGCGCGUUACUGGUGAGCAAAUCCAGACCGGCGACGGAGUGAUAGCAAUCGCUGCACAUGGCCCAACUAGUACAAUCUACACCUUGGGACGUGAUGAUCUGGUACGACAAUAUGAUGCCGAAACCUGUCAGAUGGUGGCACGGUCACAACCCUUGAAACUAUGGUCCGAUCGGAAGGACUGCUGUGAUCAAUAAACAAAGGAGGGGCGUUCAUCGAUACAAUAGCUUUCAAUUACCCCGUGACCUGGCCCCAUAGGCCGUGCGUUGACUUUGCAUUUUCCUUCUCCAUCGGAAAACAGUCCAAGUGAAAGUCCAUGUACGCUACUAUAUUGGUCUGGCAAUUGAGUCAAAGCGAUAAGAAUAUCUCGGCGGAUUCCGUGGUAUGCUUUCUUCCACCCGGUACGUUCGAUCCAUGGGCUGUCUUGAAGCGAAUUUGGGUCACUAGAGUCGACGAGGUCCUCGGUAUUCGAGAGGGCUACGCGUUCGAUUCGACUCUGCUCUUGCUGGCGAAGCUGUUGAAG